GUCUGUGUUGUUGUUCCGCGGCAGCGGCGGCGGCGGUAAGAUGGCUGCCCACGGGGGCUCCGCGGCGUCCUCGGCGCUGAAGGGGUUAAUUCAGCAGUUCACCGCCAUCACCGGUGCAAGUGAAAGUGUUGGGAAACAUAUGCUUGAAGCCUGCAACAAUAAUCUGGAGAUGGCAGUCACAAUGUUUUUGGAUGGUGGUGGAAUCGCUGAAGAGCCCAGUACCAGUUCCGCAAGUGUCUCCACUGUUAGACCACACACAGAAGAAGAAGUUCGUGCCCCAAUUCCUCAAAAGCAGGAAAUAUUGGUAGAACCAGAACCUUUGUUUGGUGCUCCUAAAAGACGGCGGCCUGCACGUUCAAUAUUUGAUGGUUUUCGGGAUUUUCAAACUGAAACUAUUCGGCAAGAACAAGAGUUAAGAAAUGGUGGAGCCAUAGAUAAGAAACUAACUACCCUGGCAGAUCUGUUCCGGCCACCCAUUGAUUUGAUGCAUAAAGGCAGCUUUGAAACAGCCAAAGAGUGUGGGCAGAUGCAAAAUAAGUGGCUGAUGAUAAACAUCCAGAAUGUACAAGACUUUGCAUGCCAGUGCCUCAACCGUGAUGUAUGGAGCAAUGAUGCUGUGAAGAAUAUUAUCCGGGAACAUUUCAUUUUCUGGCAGGUUUAUCAUGACAGUGAGGAAGGUCAGAGAUACAUACAAUUUUAUAAGCUAGGGGAUUUCCCCUAUGUUUCCAUCUUGGAUCCACGGACAGGUCAGAAGCUAGUAGAGUGGCACCAGUUAGACGUAUCCUCUUUCUUGGACCAAGUGACGGGAUUUCUGGGUGAACAUGGGCAACUGGAUGGACUUUCUAGCAGUCCCCCCAAAAAAUGUGCCCGUUCAGAGAGUCUUAUAGAUGCAAGUGAAGACAGCCAGUUAGAAGCUGCCAUCAGAGCCUCCUUGCAAGAGACACAUUUUGAUUCAUCACAGGCAAAACAGGAUAGCCGCUCAGAUGAAGAGUCUGAAUCUGAACUUUUUUCUGGCAGUGAGGAAUUUAUAUCUGUUUGCGGCUCUGAUGAAGAAGAGGAGAUAGAGAAUCUUGCCAAGUCCAGAAAAUCUCCCCAUAAAGAUUUGGGGCAUAGAAAAGAGGAAAACAGAAGGCUGCUAACUGAGCCCCCACCCAGAACUGAGCCUGUAACAACAACAAACCACCAAGGUUUGUCAGUCAUGGAUUCAGAAAUAUUGGAGAUGUCACCUGAAAAAUCAGAUGGAAUAGUGGAGGGCAUAGAUGUAAAUGGACCAAAAGCACAGCUGAUGUUGCGGUAUCCAGAUGGAAAAAGGGAACAAAUCACUCUUCCAGAGCAAGCUAAAUUGCUAGCUUUGGUGAAGCAUGUCCAGUCUAAAGGAUAUCCAAAUGAACGUUUUGAACUUCUCACCAACUUCCCUCGAAGGAAACUCUCUCAUCUGGACUAUGACAUUACAUUACAAGAGGCAGGCCUUUGUCCUCAAGAGACUGUCUUUGUACAGGAAAGAAAUUAACAUCAUGGCCCGACCUCUCUCAGCUUACCCCUUUUUUCCCUUUUCCUGUGAGAUACCAUGUCACUGAGUAUGCAUUUUGGUUCAUAGGACCAUAGAGCCAAAGUUGGGCAAGCAAGUCACCUGCCUUCUCUUUUAUUCCUUGCUCUCUCCUGUAAUAAGUCUUUUUCACUUCCUACCCCUUUUUUCCCUCUCCUAUCCUAUUUUUGUCUUUUUCCUACUUUUCUUUCUUUCUUACCUAAUCAGGUGACCAAAUGGAAGUAUAAGGAUAACACCUCCCAGUACUGGCCGCAGGAAAUGAGUGUUCCAAUAAGUGGUCUCUUGCAUGGCACUUUUUUGGGAUCAAAUGAUAAUGUUACUACUCCUCAGACUCCUUUGGUAAAGGAAUGGCUAGAUUCAGAAUAAGAACCACCUCCCUUUUUUGUAAGCCCUGUUUUUAGUAGGAAAAAUCAAUUCUCUAACAUGUUUUGUUUUGUUGUUCAUAUAACAAAUAUCACAACAGAAUAUCCAGGCUUUUAUUUACAUGGAAAAAACAUCCCUUGUAAUAAUUAUUCAUCUCAUUUAAAAAUCAUUUCGAAGGAUUCCCGCCCUCCCAAGCUAGAAUUAUUUCCAUGAGAUGUGUUAUUGGCAAAAUGAGUGUUAAAUGUUGGGUGAGUAGCGUGGGUUGGCAUUCAAUACCCUAGCCUGAGACAACUUUCUUCAUUACUACUCUAUAAACUAUAUUGAUCCCGCUAGUCCCAGAGUGGACCUUUAGUGAGCAUAUUGUGGUGACUGGGAUAGGAAGGUGCUUGCUGUUUUUUUGCCAGUACGGCAUAUUAGUUCCUUCGGCCCUUCCAUUGUUUGGGUCCACAAGUGAUCUAUAGGAAGGCAGCUAUUCAAUAAUCAUGCAAACAGUGGCUUGUAGUUUAACCACUAUGGUUAUUGAUUGUCCUAUGUGCUUUACGCAUACUUAUGUAUAUCCUGGGGGAAAAAGAAAAAGAUGCAGCUGAGAGUAGCUAACCAUAUUCCUUUGGUUAGAAAAAAUGAUUCAUUUAUUACCCCUGGUUGAACAGUCUCUAAAGGCUCUGGUGACUGAAUGAGCUUAAAUCCUCAUGCUGUUUCUUGCAAAAGGUCUCAAAAUUGAAAGCCUAAGGGGAAAACCUUUAAAUUAAAUCCUUAAGACAGCAUUUAGUAAGGGUUGUGGGGAAGAUUGCCAGUAGUCUUCAGAUGUUGUGGGGGUUUUUUGCCUACAAAAGCCACAUUCAAAUUGUAGUUGGUGAAAGCUUUUUUCAGUAUUGUUGAGAAGGUGCCAUCUUGAAUCUCCAUAACACUACUCAACGUAUCAGCUUCAUUAUAUGCUUAGUUCUUAUUUUGAGCGUUAGUCUUCUGAUGGGGUAGUGAUGAUUCUGGUGGCAAAAUCAGAACUUUAACUUGCUAUAAAACCGUAAUAUAAAAUGGACCUUAUUUAAUCAGUUGGGGAUUUAGAUUGAUCCUUCUACUUGAGGAACAUAAAUUGCUAUUGCUCAGAGACCUUUUAAGUUCCCAUCUAUUUUAAGAUCACUCUCUUGGUAACUAGGGGUUUUUAAAAAAACAUGCUUAUGUGUUGCUAGUACUUAAUUAGAGAAUAUGAUUUCUAAUGGUUGAAUUUUGAGGGACCUACCCUAAAGAAUGAGUAAUGUUUCUCCUCAAGGAAAUCAUGGAAAAUUCUGUUUAUUCUUCAGUGAGUCCUUUUGGAUUAAUGUUCUUACAUUUUUUCUAAGUGUGUGUAAGUGCUUAUGUAUAAGUAUAUAAUUGUAUAAAUAUUUAUAAAUAUAUUUAUAUAAUUACAGUUUCAUUUAUAUCUUGAGUCAAAGUUCUCUCUUUAGAUUGGUGACUGAGUAAUACCACUUUGGUGUUUUUUUAUAGACUCUUGAGGCUAACUAGCAGCUUUUGAAUUAUUGAGGAAAUAAUGGUUUUCAUGUUAAUUCCUCAGUUGUAUCUGAACUUGGAUAAUAGACUUACUAUCUAAGGAAUAGAGCUGUAUACUAUCAAAGAUGCAUUAGAGGGUAAAAAGACUAUUGGUAGUAGACAAGGUCAAGAAUCUAAAAAUUCAGGGAGGUACAGGGUAAGAAGUGAGGGUACGCCCAGGUUGGGUGCUAUGAUGGCACCUAUCUCCACUCAGCAAAGUCACAGCUAAAGCCCAAAUCUGUCAAAAAUGUGAAGUCAAGAACUUUCCCUGUAGGACUCUAUUUUAUUCUUUUACCUGUUAGCUUCUUUUUAUAAAACAUACCUAGGGAACCUGAGACAACAUGCUCAUUAAUGAUAGGAUGUAGUUCUUUUUGAUAAGCUCAAUCCUAGCAUAUCCAAGCAUGAGAAACCAAAGUGACUUUUUCAACUGUGAAAUGACCAAGUAUAUAUAUAAAGGGAUUUAAGUAAGCAUAUUAAAGAGAUGGGGCAUGAGAUAUUGACUCAGAGACAGCUGGGAUGUUUAGAGUAUAAGAUCUAAAGGUGUUUAUUUUACUUUGAGGCAGGAGUAUAAUUAUUCUGGGCUUGAUAUAGAGGCCAAUGGAAUGGAGGGAUUAUAGAUUGUACAUGGGAAGAGUGAAUAAGGAAUAUUGCUUUACUCAAGAACUUAAUCCACUUAGGGAGUAUACUUCCUCCAGUUUGUCUUAUUUUCUCUGCAAGUUCCUUUGCUUUUUGGAGAAGUUUUAUUGAAUAGAUUAAAUGAGGUUAGUAAGAUAAUUAAAAAUUAGUUUAAAAUAGUCUCCUUGUAGGUAUUGGGAACAGCUUGAAAGAGAUAAAAGGUACUGAGGAAAAGAACAAGGUAGGUUUUGAGAAUAAGUGAUGUGACAAAUACAGGGAGAUAAAAUGAAAACUAGUGGGGGCGGGGGGGAGAAUGACAGGAAACCUCUUUUGAAAUUGAUUUAGGAAGAAACCAGAGAAGAGAAAGAACAGUCAAGUGAGGGAAGAUAUGGAACUAAUUUUGAGUAAUUAGCAUGUAGUAGCUACCUUAUACACAUUUUCUCUUAAUCUUUAUAAGAACUCCAUAAAAUGAACAUUUCCCCUGUUUUGUAGAUAAGAAAUAAAAUUGAAGUUCAGAGAACUUGUUCAGGAUGCCACAGCCAGUACGUGGCAAAAUCAAAAUUGGCAUCCAGAGUCCAUGCUCUUUUCACUCCCAUGCUGCUAUCUCCUCUAACAGGGGCAUCAGUCUGAAAGUUGUAUUUCUUUUGAUUGGCUCUGUAAGGUAUCAUUUGGUUAUGUUUCCGUAAAGCUGGUGGGAUUUCUGCUAUGCCUAUAAAUUCCCAUUAUUUUGAGGGACUGAUUAUUGUUUUCUUGAAAUGAUGGACUGAUAAAAAUGUGAAAGGAAAGUAACUAUGUGGCAUUAUUUGCUAAGAAUAAAUAGAAAGGUAAAAAAGAAUUUUAUCUUUUUUUAAACCACUUUUCAGAAAAGAUAUAACUAUCUUUUCUGCAUCCCACCUAUACCAGAUUAUUAAAUCCUUUUAUGUAUAUCUUUUAAAAUAAUCUGUAAAAUUCUCCUUCCUUGACUGUGUAAGCCAGUAAUUUAAUGAGUUCUUAAUCAAAGUUGGAAACAUCUUGAAAUCUAAGAUGUAGUUCCUGCCUGGUUUACCCAGUUGGAGAAACACUACACAUGAGAUAACUGGAGAACUGUAAAUGCUUACAUGUCUGGAACUGAACUAUAAUUGCAGUAGACAUUUAGAAAGGGGAACGAAUAGUACACGCUUCAGUUAGGACAGUCUUCACAAAAAUGUAAAACUAGAAAGUGGCAAAUACUGUAGCUCAAAUUUUCUUUUGACUCACCUGUAUUCUUUAGUUGCAACUUUUGUAACUACUUAGGGCAUGACGUUUAUUAGUAAGGCAUAUCUAAUACACAAAAAGGAAAGGAUUAUUGAUGCCCAGGACUAAAAUUUUAGCUAGCAGGGAUCUCACUUGAACUCUUAGGAAAAUACUAGAAGGAGCCACUAGCAACUGAAAGUGAAGGAAAGAUUGAAUUUCUCUACCUAGGUACAAAUUAAAUAUAUAUUAUAUAUGAUAUGAUAUGCAGAAGGGGCACUGUAUAUAGGCAUAAGUGCAGUUGGGUAAUAGCUCUGCUACUACUUCACAGCAUAUUGGACUAGAUCAAGAGUUUUAGUCUCUUCAAGUAAAAGAACUUGUGAUUUUAAAAUAUGGCAGAGAUGGGGAACUAUGGAGUUAAGUAUUAAUAUUUCAUUGAUGGAGAAAAUGUAAAUGUGCAUAUGGAAUUGCAGACUCUUGCAGAAACUCUAGAAACCCACAGAUUGUAGAUCACUGAAUUAGAUGAUCUCUGAAGUCCUUUCCACUCCAAAAUUUUAUGCUUCUAGUCUCUUUAUUAUAUAUUAUCCCUAGGUUAAUUAAAAGUAUACUUGCUAAUCAGUUCCUUUGCUUUUUUUGUGUCCAGGUUUCAUUUGCCUAAUAACUAACCUCACUUGACUGAAAUCUACAAAAAGGAGAGUAUAAUGGUUAUAGAUCUAGUAAUGAUCUUUUAAACACAAUUUAUUAAUUUAAAAAACUUAAUGCAGUAUUCCUGUACAUUGUUGAGUAUGACUAAAAUGUAAUUAAUGAGAACCAAAUAUCUCACUGACACCAGAGUUAAGUUUUAUUUUACCUGUGUGCUUAAACAGAGCACUUCACUCACUGAGCAAUUGUUAGGACAUCGUUUUGUGUAAGUUGUAAACUUUACUUUUGGCAGAAACAGCUUUUUCAAAUUCAGUUAGGCUGACUUUUAAAACUAUUUCUUAUCCUACACAGUGUAUCUCCAUUGUGUCAUUCUCUCUUUCUUGCCCUCUUUCACUUAACUACUUAAUAGUAAAUAUAGGAUGCAGAUUAAUGAGUAAGUAAUGUGUAAAAAAGUGAGAGUGGGAAGAAUCAACCCUCUGAUAAACAUGGCAGUUUUCCAAAAAUAGAUGCCUUGAUGAAAAGGCUACUUAAAGACAUCUCUGUACUGUGAAUAUUCAACUACUAUAGGUUUGCCUUGCUUAGCACUUCAGUUAUUGUCAUGAAACUUAAUUGCACUGUACACAUUUUAGAAUACUGGCAAGAAUAUUCCUUAGUCCCGAAAGUAACCAGCAGAGAAUACCAAGCCAAUAUGUUGAUUUCUCCUGUUAUGAGAAAUUUGAUAUUUUCAUGAUGAUUAUUUUGAUCUUUGACUCAUCUGUGUGUCAGUCCUGCUAGAGAGGCCACUUAGAAUCAAGAGUAUUUUUCAUAGAGAUUAUGAUUAACUUGGUAGUUUUCCUGUUGAAGUGAACUUGUGGUUAAAGUUACUGGAUAUAAUGAUAUGGAACCCUUAAUUAGAAACUUUUAAUCCUUUUAUACUUUUUCAUUCUCUGUUCCUAAUUUUUCAACAUCCAUUCUCUGGAAAUUAGUCAUGGUUUUAAUAAAAUUGGCUACGUUUAAGAAAUUCACUUCUCUUUUAAUGGUUACAUUUUAAAAUUUUUAUAAAUAUACAAAGGAAGAUUUUGAGGCAAACAUCAUUUUUAUAGCUCAUUUUCUGUCUACUUAAGAAUGCUUUUAUUCCAAAUAUAAAAUGGCUAGCUCUAUGAGACCCCUCUCCCCUUUUUGGCCUACAUAAGGCUCUUGUAUUAUUGCGUAGGACCUCAGUCAUUCUCAUGAACCUGAUUUUUGGUACAGGCCUUUCUCUGACAUAUGAUCUGAAAGUAGAUUGAGUAAUCCAAUAGGAACUACAUUAAUAAAACAAUUUGGCAUUUCGGUAAAGUAUUUUCAAAAAAUAACCACAUUUGCUUAAAGGGUUAGAGAUACAAAUACCAAUGGUAAUAUUUUGCCUAAGAACAGUCACAUAUUUAUUAACAUAUGGGAAGUUGCCUUGCACUUAAUUUUGUUGCAACAGACAGCAAGAUUUUGUUGCUGAAUGGUAUUUCCUUUAUAAAGAUCAAAAUGCCCUAAGAUUUAUAUCCCUUAUAAGGUCACUUGGGUUUUCAAAUAAGAAUAAAUCAAGCUAAGCUAGAUUGAACAUAAAACAUUUAUCUCCAUUAAAAUAACUUAUUAAUCUAACUGAGCCUACCAUGAAUCAUUCAUUUUAUUAGAUGUGGUAAGUAAAAUGGGAAACAUUUCAAAUCAUUAGAUACAUUCUGACCUGGAAGUGAAUUCUCCCUUCCUUAAAAUCUUUUUUAUUUGCUUUUUUCAUGGCUUCAAUAUGGGCAUUUUAACUGACAAGGGAGAGAUGCUUGAUCUGGAACCAUUCCCUGCCACUCUGCCUUUCCUUCCUGUCAAAGUCUCUGGUGUUAGAGUGCAUUGCCGCCGGAUCUGUUUCAAGUUAAUGACAUCAAAAUGUUGACGCUCAGUUGGAUAUGUUGCUAUUUUCAACAAAAUGGUUUUGCAGUAUGCUUUCUCAAAGCUUCUGUGUUCUUAAUAAUGAAAAAUAUCAAUAAAUGGCGUGAUUCAUAAUAUAAAUAGGUUUUUGACAUUAAUCAUCUGCUCUGAGUAACUUUGAUAAUUGCCCUGUAAGUUAAACCUCACAUGGAGUGACCAUUGCCACCAGAAAAUCUCAUUUUACCUGCUAAUUAGAAUGAAGUAGUGUGUGACCUCCAAUUUUUAGUUAAUGAGUAGUAAGCUUAUAGUAGGGGCUGUUUAUCUUACCCAUUUGGGGACUUGAACCUUGUUACUUUCCUGGGUUUCUCUCUUCAGGUUGGAAAGGUGAUUUAAAAUGCCUGCUGGGAAGCAGUAAAUCUAGUCAUAGAUUUAGGGAGAUGGGUACCAGUUUAUGCUAACAAGAUUCUUAGACUUUGAGGGGCUUCCAUCCAAGUUUUGGCAUGAAUCUGUUAGACAAAAUUUUAUUUACUCUUUAAGAAUCUUUUUCUUGGGACCGUUUUCCUUUUGAUAACAAUUUCUAAGUAUCUGGUAUCUUUUUUUUUUUAACCCUUGAAGAAACAAUAGUCUGUUUACAAGUAGGUAUUGAUUGUUCCAUGGAAACUCAGGAGUGUGUGUAGGCUCUGUGCAUGCUUUGUGUGAGUUCAGUUUGAACAAUGUGUUUUAAAUCAUCUGGGAUGUCCAAUUCUGGCAUGUCUUCACUAGUUGUAUUUUUUAAACAUUUUUCAUGUCAUUUUUCAAACCUCACUUCCCAUCUUACUCAGAGAGGUUAAUCAAGGAAUUAAAUUUUGGGAGGGGAUAGGGAUGGGGGUGGGCUGGGUACUUGAGUGAAGUCAAUUUGGGGUAUUUGCUUAAGGUGUUUCUCAAGCAGUUCCUAACGGUAUUUAAAAAAUCUCUGGGAUGUUUGUACUCAACUUAUUCUGGACAAAGUGGUGGUCUUAGUGAGAGAUUUGCAUUCUUAAUGCAGGAUGGCUCGAAAUUCAAUCUGUAGCAUAACUUUGUUAUUGAAUCCAAGAAGAUAAUGGACAGAGAUAGUGCUUCUCUUUUAGUGUUUCUGGCAAGUGCUCCCUAAAAUGCAUGUAUAGUUCUCAGUUUUCUGGGCUUUUAAUUCCAUGGUGCUAGGAGGUACCAUCUGCUGCUCUUCUCAAAAAUGGGAAGAAGGCUUGGGACCAGUGAGUAAGGGGCAACUGGAUCAUUCACUAAAAUUUUUGUGUUCAAGACACACUAGAGACCCUCCUGUAUAUCUAGUAAGUGAUAAUAAAGGUGCUAGGGAAAGCCUUAAAUUUGAAGACACACAGAAGCCGUAGAAAAUCUAAAACUUGGAGGAGGAGAAAAAUAUGCCAUUAGAUAAAGCAGAGCUAUAACUGCUGGCUAAGACCCAAUGGAACUUCCACUUGCUCUAAAACUAGGGAAAUCUUAGAUAACUGGGUGUGAUAUAUCUAUAGAUACAUAGUCUAUAGGUAAAUAAUUUCUAAAUUGAGGAUCUCUCGGUGAUCCUCUGUUUUGGCUGUACCAAAUUGCGAAUAUUCUUGCUGUGUUGUACCCAGUUGCUUUAUAUUGAUACUGCAACUUGAAUUGGGGAGGCAGGGUGGGACAAUUUGCGAGGGUGGGGGGUGGAGGGAAGGGAGUGGGAUGAUAAGUCCUUUGAAGACAUCAGCUCACUGUGCUGAGAGAGGGACCAAACUCAAGGAAACCUCUGAUCUAUAAAUUCAACUGCUGCAUUUUUUUAUAAAUACAUGUAAAUGUCCUGUUGUAAUAUUUGAUCUUGGAAAUAAAAUAAAAACUUUUCAGUA